UCCAGUGCGGUCACGGAGGAGAUAAGCCUGAAAGCUACCUUUGUGAGAGAUCUUCAGUGUUUACGCCGGCCGGCGCAUGAGCACAGGGAGCACGAACGAUCGCGGCAAAGCGGAUGCCAAAAGCAGCAGCGGCGGCAGAUCGCUCCUGAAUGGGCCGGUGGUGCGCGAUCUCGUGCACAGAUUUUUCUUUUUCUUUUUUCUUCUUCUUCCCCUCUCCCAGUCUCCCCAUCCCAGCGCUAUAAAUUAGCCGCGGGGCAUCCAUUCCACGGUAACAAAGCACAAGCCGAGUGCUGGAAGCUUUCGAGCAACACCACACACACACCACAACGAGGCCAAGAAAGAAGGCCGGGAGGCCGGGAGCGGCGAGCGAUGGGGAGAAACCGUGAGCAAUGGCGGGAUCGGGCGCUGGUGCUUGCUCUUGCCCUCCUCGUGUUCACGUUCGCGCUCGUGCCGUGCGCAGGCGCCGUCGCCGGGGAGGAGGAGGGAGGCGGCCCGGCGGAGGCGAACCCCGCGACGGGGCAGACGGGGCCGCCGUUGCCGCCCGGGUGGACCGGGGACUCUGGGUCCGGCCACGGGUCCAGCCCUGGCGGCGGUUCUUGGGAGUAUGGCUGGAGCUGGGCUGCGGGGCCUGAUGGAAAGGGUGGCGGGUUCGGGUUUGGUUAUGGAGGCAGCGGCGGCGAAGGCGGCGGCGGAGGUGGAGGCGGCGGCGGCGGCGGCGGAGGUGGUGGUGGAGCGGGAAGUGGAAAGGCGUUUGGUUUCGGCAUUGGCGGGUACAAAGAUCACCAUGGCGGCUUUGGAGGUGGUGGCGGCGGUUCUGGAGGCUACAGGGGUGGCGACGCUGGUGGCUUCGGGGGUGGCGGCGAUGGUGGCGGUCAGCAUGGAGAAGCUGGCAACGGCGGUGGAGGAUAUGGCGGCUACGCUGGCGGUUUCGGCGGUGGCAGCGCUGGUGGAUACGGCAGCUCUGGUGCCGGAGACGGAGAUGGGGCUGGAUCCGAGGGACACUUCAGCGGCGGAGGCUGGAGCAAGCGCGGCGGAAGGUCAGCGCAGAACGACGGUGGCGGCAACAACUGAAGCCGCCCGUCGUUGUCUCCAACCACAAGAAGAUGAUAACCAGCGAUGGCAGAAAAUGUGUUUGGUCUAGCAAUCGCAGAAAAUAUGUAGCUACGCGCGAUGUAGUAUAGUGCCUCUGGUGUUAUCAGCCCUGCUUCUCGUUACGACUCAUAAGCGUCCUCAUGCGAAGUGUUGAAUACUAGAGUUGUAAGGAGCUUCAGUUUGCGCAGCAGAGGCUGCACAGCUAUAUGAUGCUUCAGGGGGCUAUGCAACUGAUGUUUACCUUUCCCUGGCUGCUGCCAGUGCAAAUCACUCCGGUGCCUGAUGUACAAUAAACCAGCAGAAGGUAUUGCCAAUUUGCUAUACUGCAAAA